UUCUGCAGAGGAAACUGCUCAGGAAUGAUAUAAGUGCUUUCUGUCUGUUUGUCUCUUUCGAUUCUUAGAAUGUGAACAAACAAUGCGUUUAGAGUCCUUGUUGUAGGGGUAGGAAGACGAAGAGGAUUUCUAAAGACUAGAACGGAGCGGAGUGUUGCUUUUUGUUUUGAGCAGAUCCUGAAAACGUCUUGAGUAAGUCUAAAAGUGCCAAAUGCCCAGACUAGAAGAGGAGUGCUGGAGCUGCUCCUGCUCAUCCAGAAUGGAAACCAAACACUCCUCUGUUGCCAGUUGGUUUGUGUCCAAACCUGAAGAAGUGCUGUCACUCGUCGCUUCGGCGCUCCGUGGCGCUUACGGCUCCCUGCUUGACGUCAGGACGACCAGCCUGAUCCGCAGGGGGCUGGUGCUCUUCACCGUCGGAGUCUUCCUCGCACUGGUGCUCAACUUGCUGCAGAUACAAAGGAACGUCGGCUUGUUUCCCGAGGAGGUUCUGGCAACUUUAUUUUCGGCUGCUUGGUGGAUCCCACCGUGCUGCGGCACAGGGGCCGCUGUUGUCGGCCUGCUGUACCCCUGCAUCGACAGCCAUUUGGGAGAGCCACACAAGUUCAAGAGGGAGUGGGCCAGCGUCAUGAGGUGCAUUGCGGUUUUUGUGGGAAUCAACCACGCCAGUGUUAAGCUCAAUAUUGACAACAAUGUGCAGCUCUCCCUCACACUAGCAGCUCUGUCCUUGGGUCUGUGGUGGAUGUUUGACAGGUCCAGGAGUGGUUUCGGCUUGGGCAUCACCACGGCCUUUUUGGCAACUUUGAUCGCACAACUGCUUGUAUACAACGGAGUCUAUCAAUUUACAUCUCCAGACUUCCUGUAUAUACGUACUUGGCUACCGUGCAUAUUCUUCUCAGGUGGUGUUACUGUGGGAAACAUAGGACGCCAGCUUGCUAUGGGCGGUGUGGAGAAAACUCAUGUUGACUGAGUAACGCUGAAUGAAAGAAACUGCACAUUCUUCAAAGGAGAUCCAGCAGAAAAGUGAACACGUUCUGUGGAGGAAGAGAAGAAAGGGCCAAAAAAACUUGUUAAUUUGACCACAACUUUUGUUUUCAUUGCAAAGUUCAGGUCAGAAAAAUCCAAAAUCUUCACAUGCCACGUCUUCUGCUGCCUUCUCGUGUCCAAACAAAUCUUCACACUUUUCUCACCCUUUAUUAAAGUGCAAGUACAAUACUUCAGCAGAAGGCACGGUGGCGAAAGAACUCGUCAAUGAGUACGUCUUUGCGUACCGCGCUCACACGUAUCUUCUGAUGUCAUUUCAUGCUGGUAGGCAGGGCAGAGUAGCCACCUUGUCUCAGUGGCAUGUGGAAGACUACACGGAGCUGUAACAGCAGCACAGAAAGGAAUUUGCUAACAAGGAGCAGGAUGGAAGAGAUGGUACAUUUGUUCCUCUGACAGCGUUCAGAAUCUGCAAAUGUCACUGGGAGAGUUUCGCAACUGGUUAUGCUAGUGCUAACAUCCUAGCAACAUGUUCCUCUGAAUGAAGGCUAAAAAGGGAAAGUUGUAGAUGGGGGAGGGAUCAGAAGUAGAAAAGGUAAAGGAUAAAGUUUCCUUUUGGGAGGAAAGUCCUACACAAAUUAUGUCAAAAAGUCUAAUUACUGCAUCUUACAACCUGAACAUUUUGCUUCUUGUGAAGUUAUGAAGUGAGCUGUUUUUCUUUUUGUUCAGGAUACAUGGCUUAUUUAUCAUCUUGUAGUUGAUACAGUGGAAGGCCACAUUGUGCUUUUGGCAUAAGAGAUGUGACGGGAGUGCUGUGAUGUUUUUACUUUGAAUUUUGUCAAAUUUCUGAAUGAUUUUAACCAAAUGUAUGUGUGCUGGUUAAAAUAAUUUACAAAGUUGAAAGUGAACAAACUAUAGAGGAGUGCCAAUGAGUCUCAUGCCAUGUGCUGGAUGAGACUUGCAUGUAGACAUAGCCAUGUGAGAUACACAAUCCAUCUGAAAGUAUUGGAACAACAAGAUGAACUGAUUUGGUUUUACUGUCCACAGGAGGUAUGUGUGUCAGAGAUUAAAAGAUGAAUAUGAGAAGGUGGUUUUGAAUGCCAACUUCUAUUUCCUGGUAUUUACAGCUAGAUAUGUUUUUAAAAAUGUAGAACAGCCCUGUUUGAGUCACACCACACCCACACAGACAGUCCGCUCCAUGUAUGCCUGAGCCGGUCCGACCUCAGAAGCUAAGCAGAAUGGGUCUUAGUCAGUGCUUGGAUGGGGGACCUCUCAUGAAGACCAAUGGCUGUGUGUAUUUCUCUGGGUUGAACUGGAGUUGCAUUAUGAAGGGCAUCCUGUGUAAAACCAAAUCCUGAUGCAGACCUGUACUGGCUCCAGUGUGGUGACCCUGUACUACAGUUCAAGAAGCAGGCUUGUAACCAGAGCAUCAUAGGUUCAGUUCCCUGACCUGACAGGAAAAUGUGGGUGGAGAAAGUGAAAGAAUAGCACUUGUCUCACUCUCAUUACCACAACUAAGGUGCUCGGAUCCUGGAUGGCAUCCACCCAGGCAGACAACUGGUGCAUCCUCACCUCUUGAAAGUAACCAUCUAUCUGCUAUGUGAGUGAAUGUGACUCAUUAUAAUGUGAUCUGUCACAGAGGGAAAAACAUUUCAAUGCAGUUAUGGGUUUUUUUUUUCCAUUCAUUCUCCAUACCCACUUACUCCAUUCAAGGGUCACAGGGGAGCUGGAGUGUAUCCCAGCAGUCAUAGGGCAAGAGGUGGGUACACCCUGGACAGGACACCAGUCUACUGCAGGGCUGCAGACAAAUACAUUAACACUCUCACCUACAGUCAAUUUAGAGUCACCAGUUCACUUAACUGGCAUGUUUUUGGAAGUGGGAGGAAGCCCACGCAAACACAAGAACAUGCAAACUUCACACACAAAGGUGGGAAACGAUCCCACAACACUCUGGCAACAGUGCUAACGGCUAAUCCACUGUUCUGCCUGCUUUUUUUUUUCAGCACAUUCCACAUUGUGGUGUGAGCUGUGCCCAGUGUUGUGCAAUAAUAACUGAAUGAUUCUGCCUCUUCUGGGCUUCAGCAUGGCUUGAUUCCCUCCCAUAGAUAGCUCUCUGGUCUUCAUGUUCUUUCCUGCUCUUUAAAACCACCCACAGACCUCAUGGGUGAAAUCCAUGGCCAAAACCAAACGCUGGUUAAUGUUUAAAGGAUCCAUCUGACACAAGAAACACCUGUUAGUCAUUUUGUUUACCCACCCCCAAAGAAAAACAGGUGGUUUGAUACAAACUGCUGUUUAACACAUCCUGGCCUACAUCAUCCUUUUUUUAUUUUUAUUAUUAUUAUUAGCUCUGGGUCACCAUAGUGGAUGCAGCAUGGAUACAAAUGUUGAUGCCCUUCCUCUCACAACUCCAAAAAACAUUGAGAAUGGCCCAUGGGUGGUCUUGAACCAGGCACCUCCUGUGUUGGAGGCAUAGACGAGAACCACUUGUGCCACCCUGAUGCAUUCUGGUGUAAAUAACCAUUUAAAAAAUGCUGAUGUUCUUAAAGUCUUCUCAUUUUCAUCUUUUGAUCUCAAAUGUCUUCAGCGUCUAUCACAAAGAAAUGAGUUUGCAUUGUUGUUCCUGUACUUUAUGACAGGGCUGUAGUACAAGUGCUGUUGGAGACCUCUCAGUUUUUGGAACAGAAGUAUUUUCUGCUUCAUUAGUUUUUGCCAAAAAUGGAACAAGAUUUUUUUUUUUUCCAAUGACAAAAAGGGAAGCAAACAAAAUGCCCCCCCCCCCCCCCCCCCACUCAUCAAGAAACUACGAGGAAGCCAGUAAAGUGAUAUUUGUUUCUUUGUUUUUUAUUGAAAGAAUAUAGCAGGAGUAUCGUACAAUUUCUCGAGGUUCUGUCAUUUAAGUGUUUCAAUACACUUUUUUAUUUUGCCGUGAUAACCAGGUGUUAAAUUGUUGACCUCAAACCAACAUCUUUAAAUGACAAUUUGAGGAACAUAGACGAGAUUGAAGAAGAGGGCAGGACAUUAUUAAUACCUCAUCUUCAAGCGUUUGCAAUCUGUGAUUGCCUGUGUAUUAUAGUGUAGUGCUUUUGUCACUAUCACACUUUAGUUAUACUAUUUCUACAAACUCAUGCCCGUGUAAUAAGACAAGUAUUACCGUUCUAGACCUACAGUAUCUCCGUGUUCAGAGGUCUUGAUGAUUAAGUGCAAUCACUAUACACGAGCUCAUUAUUUAUUAUUCCUGAGCAGC